AUGGUCAUGAUGUCCUUGUCGCUCGCUGCUAGCUCGUACGCAACGAACGUCACGCAUUUAGCACUGUCUCAGGGUGUGUUAUACGGAAUUGGAGGAUGUCUGGCAUUCACGCCGGCUAUCAUCUUUACAACCGAAUGGUUUGUCAAACGAAGGGGGUUCGCAUUUGGAUUGGUCUGGGGUGGUUCUGGACUUACCGGGAUGGUUUUCCCAAUUGCGAUACAGGCUCUACUGGAUCGAUAUGGAUGGGAGACCACGCUUCGCGUCUCCUCCGUGGGCCUAUUUAUCCUAGGUGGUCCAUUCCUGUUUUUCCUAAAACCUCGCAUUCCGACGCGCACAUCAACCCGGCGUAGCUUGAAUCUCAAAUUCCAGUUCAACCGGGUGUACAUUAUCUACCAACUGGCGAACAUCAUUGAGGCGCUAGGAUAUUUCCUCCCGGCUGUCUUUCUUCCCUCACAUGCUGCGGCCAUUGGAACUCAUGGUAUCCUGGCUUCGCUCACAGUGGUACUCUUCAACUUCACCACCGUCAUCGGCUGUGCAAUCAUGGGAUACAUGACAGACCGCUACCACGUAACGAACUGCAUUAUGGUCUCGACUGUCGGGACAAUAGUCUCUGUGUUUCUCGUUUGGGGACUGUCUACCAAUAUCGGUGUAUUGUACGUCUUUUCCUCCCUGUAUGGACUCUUUGCGGGGGCAUUCUCGUCGACAUGGUCUGUCGUUGCACGGGAAGUGGAAAAGAGCGAGCCAUCGGCAGAUCUCAGCAUGGUCUUUUCUUUCCUCGAGGCUGGCCGCGGUAUUGGAAAUAUCCUCAGCGGUCCAUUGAGCUCUGCCCUCAUCAACGGACACCCAUGGCAGGGGACCGUUGGAGGAGCUUACGGCAGUGGGUACGGCGUGCUUAUUGUCUUUACCGGAUUCACGGCUUUGCUGGGAGGAUUGAGCCUUUUUGCUAGAAUAGUCAGGUGGGUUUAA